AUGUCAAACAAGAUUGGCCAGGCAGGCCUGGGAUUUGCUAGAGUGUGGCAUCACAUUGAUUUAGCAGAGGAUAAAAGAACUUUAGGAAGAUUAGCCUCUCAGAUAGCCAUCACACUUAUAGGAAAGCAAAAACCAGUUGGACAUCCAACGCAAGAUAUUGGCGAUUAUGUGGUUGUAUCUAAUUGUCGUUAUUUAAAAGUUACCGGUCACAAAUUGACAGAUAAGACAUACUGGCACCAUACUACAAGACCUGGUACAGGUAAAAUGAUUCCUAUGGAGAAGGUUGUGCAAGAUUUUGGAUAUGGUGAAAUCAUCAGACGUGCAGUCAGUAGAAUGCUUCCAAAAGAUUCUCAUAGAAGGAGGAGACUACAUAGAUUAAAACUCUAUGACGGAUCACAGACUCCUUACGAUCAAAACAUUAUUGCUUGGGCGGAUCAAAGGCCAAUAGUGGAAAAGCGGUUGAAGGACUUGGAAAAAAGACAGCAAGUCAUGAACGCAUAUGAAAAGAAGAAAAAGAUGCUCGAUGAAUCUCAGUAA